AUGCCGCUCUUCUGCGUCGGCGAUGUGACCACUCGCCCAUCGGAGGUGUGCGAGGACCUCGCAGCGAAGCCCAUCGCAGCACACCACCAACUCAUCAUCUCUACCGUCACCCACCAGCUAGGCCCGUUGGCCGGCGCUAUCUGCCGCAUCCUCAUCCAGUCAGGGCCAAUGUCGUUGAAGGACAUCAGCGAUGCCGUCCAUCGCGAUGAGGAGGUGCGCGCCGUCGCCGCUGCUGCCGCCAACCGUGCUUCUGCCACCGGAGAAAAGACGACAGCGGUGCCGCCUACCCAUCAAGUCGGUUCUAGUUUCCAUGUCCACCUUGGCGACAUUACUUGUGUCAACGACGUUAUUCACGAGGUGGCGGUGAAGGAGCUCGUGACGCGGCUAGUGGUGCAUCGUCUCAUCCACGCAGACCCGGCCACGCACCUAUACGAGAUACGCUACGGCAGCGCUAUCCUUCUGCGCGUGCUGUUCCCGCUCCUUCUCCAUUGCGCACGUCAGCAGUACGGCGAGGCAGCCAAGUGCGUGCUGCUCGUAGUCUACCAGCUGGGCGUCGUACCGCCGCGCGCCGCAGUGCAGGUGGCGCUGAGCCGCACCCCCAGCAUUACCCGAGACGCGAUCGAGUACGCGGUUGUUCGCAUGGUCGAGGAUGGGUGGCUGGUGCCGGUGCACAACUCACCCACCGCUGCACCCGGUGCUGCCACAGCGGCGAAUGCGGCACGGCUGGCUGACCUGGCCCCCUCGCACCCGGGCGGCAAUGCCGAUUUGUGGAACGCCGCGACACCGUACUGUGUGGGCCUCGAGGCCGCCCUGCAUUACCUCUUCAAUGACGCAAUCGAGCAGGCCGUUGCUGAGCGCUAUGCAGACGGACGACUUGCCCUCACCUUGGUGCGCGUGCUGCGGCGCCGUGUAGCACCGAACUCAGGGUACACCGAGGCUGUUGCCUCCUUCCAGGAGCUGGCGGCGGAGCUGCCGACCACUGCGGGUGUGCGCCGCGAUCGCAGUGGCGAGCCGCUGAUGGGCACCGACAACGUGCCGAGUAGCUCCGUGGAGGCGCUGCAGCGCUGCCUGCAGCGUUUGUGCCAGCCCAUCGUCUUUUAUAGCUGCGACGCCGCUGCACCCAUGACGUCAGUCGCCGGCAUCUCCCCAAGCUUCACGACGAUGCCGUCGACGCGAGCGCUCUUGGUGAAGCCGCACAGCCAGAGCAACUUCUACGCGAUAGACCAUGUCACCGCUGUGCACCUGCUGCAGGAGACUGUGUGCGAGCGGGUCGUGUACAGUCGCUACGGCGUACUUGGUGUGCGCAUCAUGAAGCUGCUGCUGCAGCACCACUUCCUUGAGGAGCGGACGCUGGCGGAGCAGUCCGUCGCCACGUACGUCAAGGUUCGCGAGGUAUUGCACCAGAUGUUCAAGGAUGGCUUCCUGCUUCAGCAAGAAGUGCCACGUACCUCGGCACUCGUCGAAAGGCCCGCCAAGGCCAGUGUGUACCUCUGGGGGCUGAGCUGGAGCGCGACGCUGCUGCCUGUGGUGCGCGAGCGGCUCGCGAAAACGCUGACGAUUGCAUGGGAGAAACUGCGUGAGGCGCAGCAGCAGGCGUCUGCCGUCGCAAAACCUGCGGCCGGCGUCCACCCCACACCCGCGGCUGGCAGCGGCAUCAACAGCAGUGCCGCUCACGCCGAGGAGAUCGAGGCGCAGUGGAAGUAUGGCAUGUCUCGCAACAUUCAGCAGGUACUGCAGGCCCAACGCGCUGUGACAGGGCUGCAGAGCUGCGUCAUGUCACUCAUGCGACUGUUGCUGAUCGUUGAUUUUUUUUAA